UAUGCACAUGCUUUCCUUUUCCCUAUUGAAUUUUUCUUUUAACAAUUUACAUUUUUUCCCUUUUCUUUUGCUUUUGGUUCUGGAAAUCCGUGAUUACUGCAUUGAGGGUUUUGGAUGAGCUCUGCAAACUCCUCUGAUCUUCAACUUAUUCAGAGGAAGCAGAGCAAUGCGGAAAGGUCACUCUGAUUUGUCGUUAGUUGAAGAAGUUAGUGGGAGAGGCAACAUGAGAGAAAGCUGUCAUUUGAAGAAAGGACCUUGGAUGAUAGCAGAAGAUGUGAUCCUUGUCGACUAUGUAAAGAAGCACGAUGAGGGGAAUUGGAAUGCUGUGCAGAAACACUCUGGACUUUCCCGAUGGGGGAAAAGCUGUCGCCUGCAUUGGGCAAACCACCUAAGACUGGAUUUGAAGAGAGGUAUGUUUUCUCCAGACGAAGAACGUCACAUAGUUGAGCUACAUGCUAAGUUGGGAAAUAAAUGGGCACGAAUGGCUGCUGAGUUGCCUGGACGAACUGAUAAUGAGAUAAAGAACUUCUGGAAUACAAGAAUUAAGAGAUUGCAACGUGCCGGCUUGCCAAUUUACCCUCCUGAUGUGUACUUGCAAGUAAAUACAAGUCAGGAAGAGGGCCAUAAUGUGGCGUCAACGCCAAAUCAGGACUCCCUUGGUUCCAAUCUCUUGCAUUCAGAUGAUUUUGAGAUUCCUCAUGUGGAAUUUGAGAAUCUAGAAGUCAACCAACGAUAUUUGUCUUAUUCACCUGAACUUCUCAACAUUCCUCCAAAAACUAUCGGUCCAUCCCAUGGUUGUGGCCACAUGUUGCCAAUGGCAUGCCCUCCUAAGCAUCUUCAGGAAAGUGUUGGCAAUUAUAUCUCAAUGCCCAACCAAUUGACUGAUUUUGCUUGUGAGGAAAAUCAUGGUGAGCCCUACAAAUCAUCUUCUCCAUAUGAUUCUGAUUUCAGUACCAAUGACCAGUCAUCAUUUGGUGUACCUCCUGGCACUGAUGCCCUUCUAAGCAGUAAUUUCUCUCCUUCUGAGCCCUUGUCUGGGCCUAUGAACAUGGAGCGCCCUUCAUACCAAUAUUCAGAUUAUCGACAAGAUAGCUGGGUUAAUCCUUCAGUCCCACUACCUUCGGUUGCGUCUGUCGAUUCUCUGAUCCAGUCCCCUCCAAUGAAGCGGGCCAAGUCAGAUAUUUUUACACCACAAAAUAGUGGUCUUCUGGAAGCAAUACUUUACGAGUCACAGAAACUUAAAAGCUCAAAGGAUGAUUCUUGUCAGCAGUCUUCUGCUUCUAUGCUUGAUGAUGUGACUGAUUCUCCCCUGAAGGAUAGCAGAUUCGAAUUUGAAGCACACUGUGACUCGAGUUCUCCUUCAGCUCAUUCUGCUGCAUCGACUCUUAGUGAGCACACUCCGGUUAGUUGAAAGCAU